CCUGCAUAUGUCAGAAAGCGCAGUUGACUACAAAAUGAAGAGUGAUCUCUUCGCUUUUGAAGAAUUAAAGGAAGACCCUAAUUUUAAGGUCAGGAGACUUGGUGAUGCCAUCUAUAUGGGCACUAUGGACGGAGAUAAAAGGAACGGCAGAGGAAUUAUGAGGUAUAAGAACAGGCUCUACGAAGGCGAGUGGAAGGACGAUCUUAGAGAUGGCGAAGGCUUUGAAGUCUAUAAAAAUAACAACUAUUAUAUCGGAGGAUUUCUUCAAGGGAAAGCUCAUGGAAAGGGUAUCUAUAAAUGGGCCACAGGAGAAGUCUAUGAUGGAGAAUGGGAAGCUGGUACAAAGCAAGGCUAUGGAAUCUGGAAAGGGAAAAAUGGCGAUUCCUACAUCGGAGAAUGGAAAAACUCCAAAGCGCACGGCUACGGUGUCCACACUUGGUCCUCUGGUGAUAAGUAUGAAGGAGAAUGGAAAGAGUGACUCAAAUUUGGGCAAGGAACAGACUUUUUCGCUAAUGGAGAUGUAUUCAGUGGAUCAUACUUCAAUGGGAAACCUUUCGGCAAAGGCAAGUAUGUAUGGGCCAAUGGAAGUACUUAUAUUGGAGACUUCAAGAAUGGCCUAAAGCACGGAAAAGGCCGCUGGCAAAAAGAGGAAGGGGACCAAAUCUCAGUGUAUGAAGGAGAAUACGUUAAUGAUAAGAAAGAAGGCUUUGGUGUUUUCCGAUGGGCAACAGGCAAUGUCUAUGAAGGAAAUUUCAAGGCAGAUGAAAGAGAUGGACAUGGUAAAAUGACCUGGAAUGAUCGAACUUGCUAUGAAGGUGACUGGUUUAGAGGAAUUCAGCAUGGUUACGGCAAGAUCGUAUACCCUGAUGGUUCUUCCAAGGAAGGAUACUUCGAGAAUAAUGUUUAUAUUGGAAAAAUGAAGGAAGAUGCUGGGAAUUUCACUCCUCUAGAUCCAGAGAAAAUAUAUCCCAUAAGCAGUAAACAAAAUAACACCAAAAGCUCACCUAAUCUCGGCUUGGUAGUUGAGCAAGAAAAAGAGAGAGAUAGAAUUAAAGAUGUAAUUAAAUAAGAGCAGACCACAAGGGUUAGAGAAGACUAAGAAAACAAGAGGCUCCAAAUCCCCAUCUCUUUUCAGAAAUUCCACAUCUCAAUUAAAAUCCAAAAAGGCUAGUCCAACUCCUAAGGCUAAUAGGACAGCCAGCAAGUUCUUCAACAAGCGAGGAGGAUCCAAGAAACGAAAAGUGCUGAAAAAUAAAUUAUUUUAGAAAUUAAUAGUUG